AUGGAAAAAUCCGAAAACGACAACUUCGCCGUAUUCAGAGACUGCCUUUCGGUCACUAUUCUGGAGAGGAGAAAUGCCAAGUCCGAGCCAAAGCGACGACGGAGGUCCAAAGCAACCACAGUGGAGGCAACCUCACAAACGAGCUUGCAUCAAGAGGCGGAGGAGCUAGCUGAUUUUAUUCAUUAUCUAGCCCAUGAGAUAUUUGAGAACCUGCCAGAAGAGCUCCGAGAGAUAGACUACCGCUCAUGGAGAGACUCGCCGAGCCUCCAAGACCAAUUCUCCCAGCCGUUGACAGUGGACAGUCUAGACGUGCUGAAUUUGCCACUGUCGAUAUCGGAGACGCUCAAAACAUAUAGACUAAUUUCUUCUGACCCGACGGAAUCAUCGCCACUGCCACCGACUGCUGAAGCCUUUAUUCUGCCAGCACUUUCUGCCUACCUUUCUACCUUGACCACUGCUCCCCCAGCGACGAGGGAAACAAGGGCAGAGGCAUGCGAGAUCUGCCAACGCUCGUGGAUCCCACUUUCUUAUCAUCACCUCAUCCCACGCUUUGUUCACGACAAAGUGGUCAAACGGGGGUGGCACACAAAGCAGGACCUGCAGAAUGUGGCAUGGCUGUGCGGUGCAUGCCACCGCUUUGUACAUCACUUCAAAAACCACGAGGAGCUGGCGAGAGACUAUUACACGGUCGAGCUACUGCUGGCCGAGGACGAAGUGCAGCAGUGGGCAAACUGGGCCGCCAAGCUGCGGUGGAAGGGAGGGGGAUUAGAAGCGCCUGUUCUUGACUUCUAA